UCUCAGGAUAGGGAAGAACAAAAUUACAAACGCAGCCUAGAAAGACAAGAUCUUCCUCUGAACUGUGGGAUUAGCACCACUGUAGAAACCGAAACUAUUAAAUUGCCAGAUAUAUCAAGAAGCUGCGUGUGAGCAAGAGCAUCUCAGAGCAGAAAGGGUCAAGACUGCUUGUCCUCCUACCCUCCUCUGUCUCUUUUGCACUCUUGCUUGUUGUAGAAACCUCAUCCCUGCAGCUCUGAAUGCAGAAGCCAGGUUGUUAGUUAAUUUACAAGAAGUAGGGGGAUUUGAGGUUCUGCUUCAUAGGAUGGGAGAGACCAGUAGUAGUGCAAGUCAUUCAAGGCAGGAUCCUUGUGUUAUUGGUUAUGGCUUCCAUGGCGCCAUGGGCAACUCCACGCCUCCUGCAAGCUUCUUGAACCAGGAAGGAGCUACCUAUUUUGGAGAGCUAGAAGAGGCUCUCAUGCAUCAGGUUGCCACACUAAGGAUGACUCAACAAGCAGCAACCACCUCCACAGCUCAUCAUGGAGACACCACGCCCUUUGCCACUACUGCUGCUGCUGCAACAGCUACAGCUUGGCCACCUCAUACACUGGACAUCUUCCCGUCUUGGCCUAUGAGAUAUCUUCACACACCCAAGGGUUCAAAUGUGACAGCAGAUAGCACAGACUCGGAGAGCAGCAGCAAGAACGACAGCGACCACAAGGCAUCUUCGGACCAGCUGGGAGCAACGGCAAACAUGGCAAGCCAGUUUGAUCAAUUUUCCCAGCAGCAGCAGCACAAGCACAAGAAUAUGGCAAAAAGUUCCACUCGAAGGACCGGCAAGACACUUGAUCCAAAGACAAUCAGAAGGCUUGCUCAGAACCGAGAAGCUGCACGCAAAAGCCGGCUGCGAAAGAAGGCUUACAUUCAGCAACUUGAGAGCAGCAAGCUGAAGCUUGCUCAGAUGGAACAGGACAUCCAGCGAGCCCGUUCCCAGGGCCUCUUGCUUGGAGGAGCACCAGGUGCAAACACCAGCUCAGGCGCCGCGAUGUUCGACAUGGAGUACGCCCGGUGGCUGGACGGCCAUGGCCAGCUCAUGGCCGAGCUGCAUGGAGCCCUGCACGCGCGCCUGCCGGACGGUGACCUCAGAGCCAUCGUCGAUGACACCCUGACCCACGACGACGAGCUGCUCCGUCUCAAGGCCAUGGCGGCCAAGUCUGAUGUCUUCCAUCUCAUCACCGGGGUGUGGGCGUCCCCAGCCGAGCGUUGCUUCCUCUGGAUGGGCGGAUUCAGACCCUCCGAUCUGCUCAAGACACUGCUGCCCCAGCUGGAUCCCUUGACUGAACAGCAACUGAUUGGCAUCUGCAACCUUCAACAGUCAUCACAACAGGCAGAGGAAGCUCUCUCCCAGGGCCUGGAGCAGCUGCAUCAGUCACUAGCUGACACCAUGGCCGGUGGAUGUCUGAUUGAGGACGCCAACAUGAGCUUCAUGGGUCAAAUGACCCUUGCCCUUGGCAAGCUGUCCAACCUUGAAGGUUUUGUAAUACAGGCUGAUAACUUGAGGCAGCAGACUCUUCAUCAGAUGCACAGGAUUCUGACAGUUCGGCAGGCAGCUCGAUGUUUCUUGGCCAUUGGCGAGUACCACAAUCGCCUUCGUGCCUUAAGCUCCCUUUGGGCUUCUCGUCCUCCAGAAAUACUGGUGGCAGAUGAAGACAAUUCUGGAGAGCUAAGCAUUGCGGCACAACCAUCCCGAAACCAAUUUUCAGCCUUCUGAUUCACACAUGUUGUGGAACUAACCUUCAGCAUAGGAGCAAGAGAGAGACGACUGGGAAGAUAA